AUGCUAUAUUGGUUGCAGACAACCUUUUGUUCAAUUCAAUUUUUAGAUUUUGAUUUAUUGGUAGAUUUAGAGAAUGCAUCAGAUUACACAAAAAUAUUUGAGAUUAAAGAAUUUUGUGAAGAUAAAGAUACACAAAGAAAGAUGCGAGAACGGAUCUACACAGAAGAUAAAAAUUUAUAUGAACCUCUAUCCAUUUUUAAUAUUUUAAAUGAAUCGGCAUGUUUUAUCGACGGAAGUUAUGAUAAAGCACGCAAGAAUUUAGAAUGCGAUUUUAGUAACUAUUUAUCUUCAAUAACUUCAGAAAGAGAUUGUAUGCCACAUAGUUCCAUAGAUAAUACAUCUGGUACUACGAAAUGUGAAAAACAAAAUUUUACGAUGGAACAUUCUGUUUAUGACACUACUAAUUUUAAAGAUUACAAAAAUAGUCAAAAUGAUAUAGUGGAUUACUCCCACAUAAAUACAUCUUGCGACAAUAAUACUAAUUUAUUUUCUUGUACAACUCAAAAUGAUUUACCGCAAGGACAAUGUGCCAAUUUAGAAAAUAAUGCCUUUUUAAAGACAAGUGAUUGUGUUUUUUCAGUAAAUCACACUUAUUAUAUAAAUGGACCAGAUAGAGCUUCUAUAUAUACAUCGUCAAGUGUUAAUAGUUCAUUGAUAGAUAUAAACACCGAAUCUAGGACUAUGUUUAAUAAUGCUUACAAGAAUGCUAACAACGCUAAAAAGCAAGAAAAAAAAUCAAAUGUAAACAUUAUAUCUAAUAUUCGAGUAGAUAACGUUAAAAAUGCUUUAGAACUUAAAAGAAAAAGAAGUAAUAAUAAAUUAUUGCUUUUUUAUCAUUUUACAGCUAAUGAGCGAGAACUUUAUAAUUUAUAUAAAUCCGAUGAAUAUCUUUUUAGAAAAUUUUGUAAACCAAUCAUUAAAAAAAAAAUACCAGAAUUUAGGGAAAAACUAAAAAAAACCAAUUUACCUAGUGACUUUAAGCACAAAGUAAUUCUUGCCUUAACCAGCCUUUCAAAUUUUUUAGAUACUAUAUGUGCAAUUUAUAUAAGGACAAAACAAAAAUCAAUCCAGGAUUUUAUAGCAUUACUGGAUCUAGCAUAUGAUAAAUUUAGUUUUUAUGAUGACAUUUUACAAAAAAUAUCAAUUUAUUAUUUACAUUUUGACGUUUUACAAGUGAUUAACAAUGGCUUUUUUCGUCAUGACAAUUGUAACUUUUGUAAAGUUCUAAAGUUAUCUAAUAAUGUCAAAAGAAGACUUGUUUUUUUUUAUAGAAGAUUGAUUAAAUUGAGAGAUGCUUUUAAAAAAAGAAAGAUUAAUAAUUAA